AAAAAAAAAAAUUACACGAACCAGUGAACCCGGACCCGGAUCUCUGAACCAUCAUCGCUGAGAGAGAGGAGAGAUAAAACGGACCCUAGAGGUUGAAGAAGAAGAAAAACCAGAGACAAAAAUGGAGAUCCAAAAUUGACAGUCGGAUUUCGAAGGAUGUGGUAGUCAUCUUCCCGAGCUUAACGAUUCCUUGUUUCCUCUUGAUAAUCUACCAUCUCCGGCCAUUUUUUUUUUUUCUUGAUCCCCUUGUCUUAUUUCGGUUCGAAGAUUUUCCGCUUUCAUCCAUGCGGCGAGGCAGACCCUCAGAUCCAUUUACAGCUACAGAACUACCAAAAUUGACAGUUCAUCCUGAAAAUCCUGUCAAAGAGAUACGAUACAGAGGCGUUCGGAAGCGUCCUUGGGGCAGAUACGCCGCUGAGAUCAGAGAUCCCUGGAAGAAAACUAGGGUUUGGCUCGGUACCUUUGAUUCGGCUGAAGAGGCUGCUCGGGCCUACGAUAAUGCUGCUCGGACCCUCCGUGGAGCCAAGGCCAAAACUAACUUCUCUCUACAUCCAUCCACGAUUUCCAUUCAACAACAGAUUCCGUUCUACCAAUCGCCGCCGGAUUUGCACGAUUCGAACGGUUAUGGUGCCAAGAUUGAGUGUGUUCAGGCUAAUAGGCCUACGUCGAGCAGUUUGAGUUCCACCGUGGAGUCGUUUAGUGGACCGCGGAUUUCUAACCCUUUGUCGUCGCUGUCUAUGGUUCGCCGGAGGCCGGUGCAGCCAGUUUCGCCGGACGACUGCCAUAGCGACUGUGAUUCGUCCUCCUCGGUUGUUGAUGAUGAUGAGGUCUGUGUGCUCGCUUCUUUCCGUCGAGCCUUGCCCUUCGAUCUUAACUUACCGCCUCCCAUGGACGUCGUGGAUUUAACAGAAAAAUGAAGAGGAGUGAAAAAUUGAACAAAAUCUUUGAGAUUGAUUUGAAAGGAAGGCCCAGCCAAUGACUAUCAGACAGGUGGUAUGAUUUUCUUCACUUUUCCUUUUUCUUUACUUUGAAACCUCUCGAUUUUAGCAAUUAUGAUCGCUUGUUCUAAUAUAACGAAUAAGAUAGUCAUAAGAAAUUUGGACUUUGUGGACAACGUCGGCAUAUGUUCGAGUUUAGGGUCAUGUUUGUGAGAAGUGCUUUAGAAAACAUGAGCGAGUAAAUGCGUUGAAAAUGAGUAGGUAAUAACAGUUAGUCUGAUAGUAUGUAAUCGAGUAUGAAGAAUUGAUAACUAAUCAUGUCCCACACCCUCGUAUUGUUGUGACUUAUCUAGUAUGAAAGUAAGUAAAAGAGAGUUUGUAA